AGUGACAUUCUGUGACCUAUGGUGUUACAGAUGACAGUGUGCAGGCUGCCAGCUACAAAAGGAGGAUGUAUGCUGUCAGUGGGCAUAUCAGACACACCGGGACUGGCUGCCACUGUCGAUCGAGCUGGCACCUAUUCACUCGUUGCAUCAGGCUGAUGUCUCGAACCCACUAUGAAGUCCUCGGUGUUGAGAAAUCUGCCACCACAGAAGAUAUUCGGAAAGCCUUCCUUCAACUCUCUAAACAGCUGCAUCCUGAUGUUAACAGGAAUGAUCCUAAGACUCAUGAAAAAUUUGUAAAAUUAAAUGCAGCAUAUUCUGUGCUGAGCAAGUCAUCUGAUCGCCAUGACUAUGAUGUGAGCCUGUCUUCACAACUCCACCACAAGCACAUGAGUGGCCCUGGAACUCCUCCAUAUGGCCCCUCUCCAAAUGGGUACACUGAUGGGGAGCCCUUCUGGGACGAGACCAUCUGGCACAUGCGCAACCAUAGCAAGGACGCAGCGUAUGAAGACAAGUCUUACUAUGGAAUCCGUGGCAUCAAGAAAGUGUCCAACUUCUCCAUUGUUGCCUGCUGCAUGGGUCUGAUGUUGAUAGGGGCUGUGGUUCACUACUUUGCCAUUGUAAAAACUACGACUCUACACAAAAACCAUCUGGAUGCCAGGGACAUGAAGUUUCAUGCAAUGUACUCUCAAGCCAAAGAGCAGGCCAGAAUCAAUGGCAAUGAACUUCAACUAAAGAUUCUCAAGGCAAGACUGAGUGGGAAACCUGAAGAUGUCCAAUAUGCUGACAUAGAGGCAUUUGGGGACAAGAAGAAGUGAAGAUGUCAGGCCCUGUAGGACCCUUCCAUGAUUCCUGUGACACUGUUUCAACACGAUUGGUGACAGACAGUGUUGUACACUCAUUCUAGUGAUCUGACUCUGUUGGUCAGUGGCAGUCAACGUUGGACUCCAUUGGUCAUCCCCGUUUUUCACUUCCGAAGAAGAUGACUUUGAAUAUUUUCCACACAGGCAUGUUAUACUUUGGUGUGAGAUUAUAGGAGACCACAACACAUUGGCUACUUUGUCUUAUGAACUCCUUUAUUGUUUGUAUUGCCAAUCUUAUUUUGGUUAUGACAAUAACACGUCAUUAUAUUGAGGUAUUUAAUAGCCACACAUGAUAUAAUCUAAAAAGCCAGGAAAUUAUGAUGAUUGUGUGGAAGCAUUCAUGAAUAUUCCUACAGAUGUGGAAACCAGAUGCAAAGACAUCUGUAGAUGUGGAAACCAGAUACAAACACAUCUGUAGAUGUGGAAACCAGAUACAAACACAUCUGUAGACGUGGAAACCAGAUACAAACACAUCUGUAUAUGUGGAAACCAGA